CCUCGUGAGGCACGUCUCGUGCAAAAUUACGAGCGAACAUUGAGUUUGGAUAGCACUAUACUGGGUACAUACAGCGUACAAGUGCGUGUAGUAGCAGUGAGUUAAAGAUCACACUAUGUGACAGCCGCGACGUAAGAAAAUAUAUUUGUACCGUCAUUUUCUUAUUCAGGUUAUCGAAGUGAUAGCAUGUAUGCCGCCAAACUUUCUUCUACUGGACCUCGGUAUGGCGAUUAGUUUCGCCACAAUUGCAGUACCAAGUCUACUUAACGCUAAAGAAGGAUUAUCCUUGGAUGAAACACAAGCAUCUUGGUUUGGUAGUCUUUCUUAUUUAACCCAGCCAGUCGGUGCGUUACUGUCAGGUCCAAUAGUAGACUUUUGCGGUCGUAAAAGGGCUAACUUCUUGGUCAACAUCCCGCAUCUUGUAGCUUGGAUACUCCUGUAUUUCUCAUGGGAUCUACCUUCUCUAUUCAUCGCUAAUGGACUCCUGGGAUUAGGAACUGGUAUCAUGGAAGCACCGAUCAACUCUUAUGUGGGAGAGAUCAGUGAGCCAUCAGUGCGCGGUGCUCUUUGUACUUUGACACAACUAUUUACAUCAAUCGGUAUAUUCGUCAUGUACUUUUUGGGCACUGUAGUCGACUGGCGAACAGCGGCUCUAAUUAGUCUCGUCGUACCUGUCAGCUCUAUGGCUUUCGUAUUCUUGGUCCCAGAAACGCCAGUUUGGUUACUUUCUAGAGGAAGAGAAAAGGAAGCGUUAAAGUCGCUGUGUUAUUUGAGAGGCUGGACUAAACCAGAAGACGUUAAAGAGGAAUUCGAUGAGCUAGUUGAGUAUAGCAAGAAACUCCAGAAGUGUGUCAUUUGUGACAAGAUUGAUGAUGUAACGAAGAGUUGUGAACACUAUAAGAUGAAUACAUUUAAGAGAUCGAUGUACAAAUUCAGAUACGUGAUGUUGUGUAAAGAGACGAUGAGACCAUUAGUGCUGGUGAUGAUGUACUUCCUAUUCUUCGUGAUGAGCGGCCUCGCACCCAUACGGCCCAACAUGGUGAACAUCUGCGGCGCACUCGGCAUGGCGCAAGACGGGAAAGUUGUUGUUCUUAUGGUUGGCAUCAUAACCUUCUUAACUGCCCUUGUAGUGGUGAUGUUAAUAAAAGUGGUUGGUAAGCGGAAGCUAGCGAUAUCAGCGAUGCUCGGUACUGCCAUCUUCUGCGCCGCUCUCAGCGCCUACGCUAGAAAGAAUCUCGCAGAAUCCGUUUAUUCCUAUGACACUAGUACUUUCCCAACGGAAAAAAGCUACUUACCUUUGGUGUUGUUCUAUAUGGUGGCUACGUUCACCGGACUCGCCGUGCCUUGGGUAUUGCUAGGAGAAGUGUUUCCUUUUAGGAGUCGUGCCUCAGCUCAAGGUAUCGCAGCGGCUAGCAAUUACAUAUUUAGUUUUCUCGGCGCGAAAACAUUUAUAGACUUAGAGGUCAAUUUAAAGUUAUGGGGCACGUUUGCAACUUAUUCAGGGUUCGGUUUCCUCGGCACUAUAUAUUUGUACUUCUAUUUGCCCGAAACUGAAGGUAAAACGCUACAAGAAAUAGAAGACUUCUACAAUGAAGAUAAAUCAAGAACAUUCGCCGAUGAUCCGUUUAUAAAUUUCUUUAAGAGAUUCAAAAGAAAAAAGUAUUCGAUGUAAUUAAUAUUUGUUAAUUAUUAUUUAAGUUUGUUUAAUAAAAGACCAAAAUAAAAUUCCGAAAC